AUGCUAGUGUCGUAGAUGCGGCCCAUUGCCUCUGUCGCUCGGCCUUUGUAGCCCAACAUGGACGCCUUGAAAAGCCUAACGCGAAUGUCCUUUCGGCAGCUCGCCCAGCAAGCGCUGAAUGUGUGCCUGAUUGUAUCUUCAGCGUUAAUGAUCUGGAAGGGACUAUCGGUUGUGACCAAUAGCGAAUCCCCUAUUGUCGUGGUCCUUAGUGAAAGCAUGGAACCGGCGUUUGCCCGUGGCGACCUUCUUUUUCUUACACAACCGAGCGCCCCAAUAACAAUAGGCGAUAUAUGCGUCUUCAAACUUCGUGGGAAAGCCGUUCCCAUUGUGCAUCGUGUGAUCGAGUUGCAUACCACGAAGAACAAUACUCAGUAUCUUUUAACAAAAGGCGAUAACAAUCAAGUGGAUGACAGAGGACUAUACAAUCCGGGACAGAUGUGGAUUAAAAAAGAAGACGUUGUGGGGAGGGUCAAAGGGUUUUUGCCAUAUGUAGGAAUGGUGACGAUACUACUGAAUGAUUACCCACAAUUGAAGGUUGUCCUGCUGGUGGUCCUGGCACUGUUUGUUCUUUUAACGCGGGAUGAAUAAAGACAUAAUGAUGGACCCAUUAAGUCUACAAUCUAUUGGGAUUUCGUCUGUAUGAUCCAUUUGUCGUGCCUCCUAAUAAGCUCUGGUAUUAUCCUCUCCUCAAUCUCCACUCCAUUUCUCAGCUCCUCGUCCGUUAAUUCCAGCUUUGUUUCUUCUUUUGUGGUCACGAAGGUGACCAC